AUGUCGCAGUUAUCCCGCAAUCAAAACCGCAAGGGUGGUGGCCGCCGUCGGGGACGCUCUGACAGUACGUGGGCCACCGACCAGCGGAAUGUCGCGACCCUCACAAAUGCCGCCUUUGAUGCGUAUUACGAAAAGACCGUCGCCCCCGCCGGCGAGUGGCCCGCCCUGCAGGAGGCCCUACGCACCCCGCUGCCAAUGGCCCUCCGCGUCCACCCAACAGCACCGCAACCAGACGACGUGCUUGAGUUUCUGCAGGCGCGUCUCAACGACGUGUUGCCAACCCGAAGAAUUCCUUUUGUAUCAUGUGGGAGGGCACUUCAGUGUAGUGUUUCACGCGGUGAUCUAAAGCGCAGUGCGGAGUUGAAGGGAUUAAAGAAAAUUAUAUCGGCCCUUAAUGAGGGUGGAUACAUCACACGGCAAGAGACGGUAAGUAUGAUUCCUCCUGUACUUCUCCAGGUAAAACCAGGUCAACGGGUACUUGACAUGUGCGCUGCACCAGGGAGCAAAACCUCACAGAUAUUAGAGGCACUUAUUCCUUCAAUGGAAGAUGGUGUAGUAGUCGCAAAUGACCUUAAUACUUCUCGACUUGACGUACUUAUGCACCAGACCAAUCGUUCUGCAGGAUCACAUCCUCAUUUGAUUGUGACACAUUAUGAUGCGACGCAAUUUCCUCUUCUUCCUCCAGAAGAGAAGUUUGAUCGAGUACUUUGUGAUGUGAUGUGUUCUGGUGAUGGAACAUUAAGGAAGUCUGUGGAUAUGUGGCCACGCUGGAAUACACUUCAGGGUCCUGAUUUGCAUUGUACUCAAAUUCGUGUGCUAACACGGGGUAUGAUGCUUUGUAAAAAAGGUGGUAUUAUCGUGUAUUCCACUUGUAGUAUGAAUCCAGUAGAGGAUGAAGCUGUAGUAUCAGAGUGUCUCGCGCAAGCUAACGGUGCUUUUCGACUUAUUGACCCUACACCACUUGUACCAGGACUCAUCGCUUCACCUGGACUAACAGAUUGGUCUUUACUCACUAAAGACCUUUCAACCUGGCUUCAUAAUAUUGAGGAAGCCCAAGCAUAUACUGAAAAGCAAAAUGGACGUGGUUUCCGUUAUCAUGCGUCUAUGUUUCCUAAUACUGAACGUCUUAAAGCGCAGGGAAUACAUUAUACUAGACGUAUUUUACCACAUCAUCAAGAUACAGGGGGCUUUUUUGUGGCAGUGAUGGAGUGUGUUGAAGAUUAUCCCAUCGAUACGAAAACCACUACCACUACCACCAUUAAUAAUAAUAAUAAUAACGUCAAAAGUGAGACUUUCAAAGUUAUAUCCCCACCGUUACAGGAGGUUGUUCGUCGUGCCUUGGAUCUUCCAGAGUCUUUCCCUAUGAAUCAACUUUUUGUUCGAAAUGAGACAGCCCGAGAACAAAAGAUAUACUUUGCAAACAAGGCAGUUUGUGAAUUACUUCCUAAACUUGGUCCUCGUGUUGUACAUGUGGGAUCUAAGAUCAUUGAAUCUUUUGCGAAGUAUAGUAACGAUAAGCUUCGUUUUAGCAUGGAAGGUAUCGCUACAGUGAAAUCGCUUCUACCUUCUACAUUUGUCGUGGAGGUGAGUCCAGAAUUGGUACUUCAAUUUAGCCGCAGCAAAUUGUUACUAUCGGCACUUCCAACAUUACCACCACAUAACAGUUUUAUCAUCUCUUGCAACAUGUCUGUUGUUGGCUAUGUGUAUAUUGCUGCAGAAAAGACACGAACUGGGCAAGUAUCUGCAAAGGUUUCGGAGUGGCAUAUUACUUUAGCUAAGCUGACACUUGGGCAACCACUUGUAGAGGGUAAUGUUGAUAAUGAAACUGAAGCUGGUGCUGAGAUAAUUGCUGCUGGAGACGAUAACAAUGACGAAGCUGCCAAGAGUAAGGAUAGUCAGGGAGACAUGAAUGGAGAAGAUGGAGUUGACACUUGUAACUCUAGUGAUGGUAAUGAAAAGAAAAAGAGCAAAAAGGAGGAGGAAGAAGAAGAAGAGAAGAAGGAGGAGGAAGUGAAGGAAGAUAAUAAGGAUGGAAAGAAAGAGGAGAAAACUAUCCUGGAAGACGCGUAA